AUGAUGCUGCUCGCGCGCAGUCUCCGCUCCCGCCUCCGCCCCCCGCUCGCCUCCGCCGUCACCACCGCGCCGUUCUCCUCGGCGGCCGCGGCGGAGGCGGAGCGGGCGGUGCGGGACGGGCCCAGGAACGACUGGACCCGGCCCGAGAUCCAGGCCAUCUACGACUCGCCGCUGCUCGACCUCCUCUUCCACGGGGCUCAGGUCCAUAGGAAUGUUCAUAAAUUUAGAGAAGUGCAGCAGUGCACACUUCUUUCAAUAAAAACUGGUGGGUGCAGUGAAGAUUGUUCAUACUGCCCUCAGUCUUCAAGAUACAGUACUGGACUGAAGGCUGAGAAAUUGAUGAAGAAAGACGCUGUCCUAGAAGCAGCACAAAAGGCAAAGGAGGCUGGGAGCACCCGAUUUUGCAUGGGAGCGGCAUGGAGAGAGACAAUCGGCAGGAAAACAAAUUUCAACCAGAUUCUUGAAUAUGUCAAGGACAUAAGAGGUAUGGGCAUGGAGGUCUGUUGCACCCUGGGCAUGCUAGAGAAACAACAAGCUGAAGAACUCAAGAAGGCUGGACUUACAGCAUAUAAUCAUAAUCUAGAUACAUCAAGAGAAUAUUACCCCAAUAUUAUUUCUACAAGAUCAUAUGAUGAUAGAUUACAGACUCUUCAGCAUGUCCGCGAAGCUGGAAUAAGCGUCUGUUCAGGCGGAAUUAUUGGUCUUGGAGAGGCAGAGGAAGACCGUGUAGGGUUGUUGCAUACGCUGGCUACUUUGCCUACACAUCCAGAGAGCGUUCCUAUCAAUGCACUGAUUGCUGUCAAAGGCACGCCUCUUCAGGAUCAGAAGCCCGUGGAGAUAUGGGAAAUGAUCCGCAUGAUUGCCAGUGCUCGGAUUGUGAUGCCAAAGGCAAUGGUGAGGCUCUCGGCAGGGCGAGUACGGUUCUCCAUGCCAGAACAAGCUCUCUGCUUUCUCGCGGGGGCCAACUCCAUCUUCGCCGGUGAAAAGCUCCUCACAACCGCAAACAAUGACUUCGAUGCGGACCAGGCGAUGUUCAAGAUCCUUGGCCUGAUUCCCAAGGCUCCAAACUUUGGCGACGAAGAGGCCACAGCGGCUGUUGCAUCAUCCACGGAGAGAUGUGAGCAAGCUGCUUCGAUGUAAAAUGCCACGGUAGAUUCUCGAGACCACAUCCGGUGCAAAAGUAGCACCAUUAUCUCCAGCUAGAGCAUUGUACUGUAGAGAUCAUCAUAUUUUGUAGUAACAUCAGAUUGAUCCAAAUAAAAGUGGGUGUUCUUGGGCACUGUCGUGCCGUUUUGUUUUCA